AUGGCCAGCUUUCAGGAUCGUGCACAGCACCAGAUUGCGCAGCUGGACAAGGAGCUCUCCAAAUACCCUGUCCUCAACAACCUUGAGCGUCAGACCUCGGUUCCAAAGGUCUAUGCUAUUCUCGGUGUUGUUGGUAUCUACUUCUUCCUUGUGUUCUUCAACAUCGCUGGCCAGUUCCUGGUCAACUUUGCCGGUUUCUUGAUUCCCGGUUACUACUCGCUUCAAGCUCUAUUUACUGCUGGGACGGCGGAUGAUACUCAGUGGUUGACUUACUGGGUGGUAUAUGCCUUCCUUACCGUUCUUGAGAGCGCCCUCAAUGCCUCUUAUUGGUUCCCAUUCUACUACAUCUUCAAGUUUGUUCUUGUUCUGUGGAUGUCUCUUCCUCAAUUCAACGGCGCCCAAAUCGUCUUCCACUCCUUUAUCCAGCCCUUGUUCGCCCGCUUCUUCACCGGAGGCUCAACCUCCUCGAACUUGAAAGCCCAGGCUGAGGCUGCUGCCAAGUCGCAGUAA